UUCACACCAACAUGUCGUCGUAGGACUUUCCCAUCCAAACUUUACGGUAAAGAUUGAACGUUAACGACGGUUGUUUUUAGUGGAGGAAUGAAACAUGGUGUUCCGGAGCAGCGCGGACUCCCUCAGACCCGGGAAGAGCCGUGUGCUCCGCGCGCUCGUGCUUUUACUCGCGUGUACGAGCUUAAUAAACUUGGCGUUAUGUGAACGUGAAAGAAUCGCCCCGGAGAGAUGUCUCAUCUGGGGUCCAGGUCUGAACCCGGACACGGUGGUACCGGUCCGCUUCUUCACCAUCCAGGCGGUCGGCUCCCAGGGAAAAAACCUCACCUCGUCGCCGGGCCAAGAAACUUUCAAAGUGAAGAUCAGCUCCCUGGACAAGAAGGAGCACAUCCGCAUCCACGUCCCUCCGCCUCUGGACCGAGGAGACGGUUCCUUCCUGAUGAGGUACCGCCUCUACGGCACGGCGCUCAAGGGUCUGAAGGUCGAGGUCCUCCACCAGGAUGCUGCUGUGGCCGGGUCCCCUUACAUCUUGCCAGGUCCAGUCUACCAUGAGUACUGCGACUGUCCGGAACCCGACGCCUCCCUGUGGCAGAGUGUCAUGCAGUGUCCCGCUGAGGAGCCUCAGAUCCUGGCCGACUUCAAAGCCUUUCCCAGUGUGGACCUGCAGCGUCUCAGACAGGAAGUGCCCCUCAGAUUCUCAAACAGAGGAGGACUCGUCCACUACGCCAUCAUCGACAACCGGCUGUAUCGACGCACCCUGGGGAAGUACACCGACUUCAAGAUGUUCUCCGAUGAAAUGUUGCACUCGCUAAUGAGAAAGGUGAAGGUGCCCGAUGUGGAGUUCUUCAUCAACGUCGGGGACUGGCCGUUAGAGACGAGCAGGACGGACCCUUUUCCAGUCUUGUCGUGGUGUGGCUCCACAGACACUCGGGACAUCGUCCUCCCCACCUACGAGGUCACACACUCCACCCUGGAGACCAUGAGAGGCGUCACCAAUGACCUGCUGUCUGUCCAGGGAAACGCAGGGCCUCCGUGGGCGAACAAAACAGCGCGGGCGUUUUUCCGUGGCCGGGACAGUCGUGAGGAGCGUCUCCAGCUCGUCUCUAUGUCCAAGAAACACCCCGAGCUGCUGGACGCAGGCAUCACGGGCUGGUUCUUUUUCAGAGACAGGGAGAAAGACGUUGGCAAAGCGCCGCUCAUUGGAUUCUUCGACUUCUUUAAGUACAAGUACCAGGUGAACGUGGACGGAACUGUGGCGGCGUACCGCUUUCCGUACCUGAUGCUCGGGAACAGUCUGGUCCUGAAGCAGGACUCGCAGUACUACGAAUAUUUCUACAGCCAAUUAAAAGCGGGGACUCACUACGUCCCCGUGAAGAGGAACCUGUCGGAUCUUUUGGAGAAAGUCCAGUGGGCCAAGGAGAACGACGCCGAGGCACGGGAGAUGGCUCGCGUGGGUCAGGCGGCGGCCAGAGAGCUGCUGCAGCCCAGCAGACUGUACUGCUACUACUACAGUGUACUGCACAUGUACUCGGAGAGACAGAGCGGUCAGCCGCUACAGCACGCAGACAUGGAGCUGGUGCCGCAGCCGGACGACCACGCCGCCGCCUGCACGUGUGGACGUCAAAGUCUCAAAGAUGAACUAUGAACUGUCGUGAGUCCAGUUUAUUACCAGUCAUUUUCCCUCUCUGAAUCAUAUCCGCGGUACAAGAAAAUGUGCACAAUUACAGUGAAACAUUCCGAUUUAGAAUUUUUGCUUUUAUUUUGGAAAGCAAAGGAAUACGUAGGACAGCGUUUAAAGAAGAAAUGAGAAAAAAUAUAUAGUUUUGUACCUGUUUUUGUAAAGCUUUUGUUUGUCAUGUGUAGAGAUCAUAACUGUUUUAUAUUUGUACUCCAAACCAUCCUUAAAUAAACCUCUCUUUAAAUCA